GACACGUUGCCUUGGGAGAAGCAACACGGGCAACGAUUUGCUGGCUGCACCGUGUCCUCCGCUCACACACACUGCACACGUCCAACACAUCAGCUGCUCUCUGCUCAGACAGUCCUGCUGGAUUUACCCGCUGAACAACGACAAGAGUUGGACCAGCAGCCGCUCUCCAUCCCUGGGAAGGUCAGUGAUGGUCAGUGCUAGUUAGAGCCUGCAGCCGAGGAUGUCUGCUACAGAUUCGGACAACUCCAUUGACUGGCUGGCUAGUGACAAUGAGGACAACGACAGUGAACAGGAGUCUGACUUUAACGGAAAGCACAGCCAGACAGACAGCGCCCCGCCACACCUGGGCCCGUCUGACGGCAGCCGCCGCCGGAGCAGCGAGGUGAAGGAAGGCGACAGUAACUGGAGCAAGGUCAGGGAGGCCUCGGGCCGGGGAUUUCCCCCCGACUGCAUGGAGGCCUGGGUCAACAGCGCCAUUGGACUGUGUAAAACACAACAAGGAGAGAAAACGAAUGGCAAAAACACUCAGCAAGCACUGAAGAGACCUCACGGCUCCACAGAGGAGGAGGAGGAGUGCAAGGAACGGCAGCUCAACGUGUCCGAGAAAAACAGAAUUUUCAGCAGAAAGUGCAUGGAGCUACAAUGCUACAUUCAUCCGCUGUCAUCUAUCUUGAAUGGCCUUCGUUCAGGGAGAUACAGAGAACGACUCAGCAGUUUCCAGGAGAGCGUGGCCAUGGACAGGAUUCAGAGGAUCAUGGGUGUCCUGCAGAACCCCUGCAUGGGGGAGAAAUAUAUUAAUAUCAUUCUAAAAAUGGAGGAAAUGCUGAAGAGCUGGUUCCCUAAUGUAAAACUCCGAGACCAACUCACCGUCACCCAGACAGAGGAAGCUGUUCCCACCAAGAAACCGAAGCUUUCUCCAGUGACCGUCGCUGCAGUCGUGAGCCCCGUCACCGUCAGUGAUCCUCCAGCCGGCGUCAAAACCCUGAGAGUCACUGACCUCACUCCUCCCGGAGCCUACUCUGCCAGUAACCUGAAGUGGCUCCACACGUCACCCAUCUGCUCCCCCAUAGCAGAGCAGGCCCAGGCUGGCCCCAGGCACCUGCUGUCCCCCAGAGACCUAACGCAGGACAACGCUGUGUCCUCCAGCACGGACAGCCACACUAAGACAGACUCGGUGCCCAGAGGCCCUCCUCCGGGAAAAAUCAACGCGCCCUGUCUAGAGCGGCUUCUUAAGUCGACAGAAAGCAUCAUCAUCCGCAGGGGGACGGGGGGUUUGACGGACAGCAGCUGGUCCUAGUCCACACAGACGGCUGGGUGUCCAGCUGUAAGCACCGCACAGCCCAGCCUCGCCUUGCCCACCCUGCUGGGAGCCAGUCAGCUCGCUUUGCCCAUUCCAGCCUUCAGGAGAGACGGGAGCCUUCAAAAGGGACGUCACCGACUCCACUUUGAUGUGGAAGGAGUGUUGACGAACAUGUUGUACUCUCUCUGUAUGGGAAUGUGCCCUCUCUGACAUGACAAGUGUCUGCUUUAGUUCCCUUUCGUUGACUUAUCUUCUGUUUUUUGUUUGCACUCUUGACUAGCGUGUGUGAGAGUGGGAAGGAUAGAUUUCACAUGCCAAGAUCAACGGAGCUAGUGAUUUCACAACUGAACUGUUCCCACUGGCUUGUAGAUGCAAUAAUACAGUUUGAGUUAUCUGUGAAACCGCCAUUAUGCCUGAAAGGGAAAGAAUUGCAGGAGUAGUUUGUGCUGGAAGGGAUUUUUUUCAGAUAUCCAGACAUGUCAGUGGUCUACAUAUUGUUGUGCUGAAAAUGUGGGUGAAAUGUGAUGUUAUUUUCUCCCUCCCCGCCCCACCCCAUGACUACACUCUUAAGUUUAUUGAUGUGACUGUUACUCAUUUGUAUACUUUAUAAAUAAGUCUUUUGGUACAACUGUUCUACCUCAGUGGGCACCACGUCACAGUUAGUGAGUAGGAAUGUGAACGCUACGCUCAAAAGUCUGGACACCUCGUCUGCGGCGAGCCAAACGGCCUCUGACAGCGAGGUCUGCAGUGCGAGCCGUUCUGCUUGUACAAACAGAGGAUGCUCUCUCCGUGGGGAUGCUCUCGUGGCCUGACUGGUGCCAUUGUAAAGAAUGUCAACCGCAGAUUUCUUUUUUCGAGUCUCCCAGUAGAAAGGCAAACAGUGCCUGUAACGUCAAGCUGUGCCUGUAAGCCGGUUUGAUAAAGAGAGAGAACCGUUCAGAGUACCUGCUCCUCUGUGGGAUGUACAAAUCAGGAAUUCUCACUCUCCUGCCAUUUUCCUGUAUCGAGUAAAUUAUUCAGAUCUUGCCAACUACUUUCUGUGGUGGAGUAGAACAAUUCUUUUAUUUUGCCACAGAACUGGACAGUAUGUUAGACCAGCAGAGAGGGACAAGGUAUUUCUCUGUGUAAAUCUUACAGAAAGGUUGUCGAUUUACCCUGAAAAGUGGCCUUUAUAGUGUGAAAUUUUAUACUUUCAAAAUAAAUGUGGUUAUAUUUGUUUGAUGCAAAA